AUGCUGAGCGUUUUCAAAAGAGCAUCUGGGCUGCACGGCCGCACAUCGUUUUCCCCUAUUAAACAGCUAGCCUACGGUACCUGCGGCAAACGCCUGUUCUCGGCAGAUUCCAAAGAGGCUCGACUUGCCCUUCUCCGCAAAGUCUACGAGCCUUUUUCCAAGCUCGACAAGGGUUCUCCGGAGUAUGAUGAGCUUGCCAGAUCUGGCAAGGUCUGGGAAGAUCAUUUCCAGCCCUAUGACAGCCAACGCAUGGGCUACAAGACUCUUCAGCAGGAGCAUGAAGAUAUGCUGGUCGAGAUCGACAAACUCAGGGAGCUUAUGAAGCCCCGGGUUUCCGAACUUGCAAGAACCUUAGUGGCCGAGUAUGCGCAUCAGUCUGUGUCGAUCGAAAACAACCCUCUGAAGAUCGGAGACACCAUCGCAAUCUUCGACCUCCUCAACAAGAAGCUCUUCGCCCACGUCGAUAUUGCUUCCUUCGCUGCUGAAAAUCUCACCCAGCUUGUCCUUCCGCAGCUCCACCCUGAUGCAGACGGAUCCGUCGUGAACGAGCUGAAAAACCACAUCGUUGCCUCUCAAUGGAUUGCCGAAACAGCCGCUGCUCAACCUGGAACAUCUGGAAUCAACGAAGCCGAGAUGAGACAACUCGCGGCAAUGACCAUCAAAGGUACUGAAUCCGAGGCUAUCUACGCCAUGGCCUGGGGUGGAAGCGUUCCUCUUGGAGGAUACCGCAAACUGCCCAUUGCAGUCAGAAGCAAUCCACUUCGAAUCUUUCCGUAUCCUGCGGAAGUUCCGGCCUGUGUCAAUCGAUUCUUCAGCUGGCGCGAUUCGCAGCAUCGCAGCAAGGAAGCCCACCCGCUUAUCCUCGCAUGCCACAUGACCGCGUAUUUCGUCCAUAUUCAUCCCUUCCCAGAUGGUAACGGCCGGGUCAGUCGAAUGAUCAUGCACGACUACAUGGUGCGCCAAGGCUACUUGCCAGUUGUCAUGCAAGACCUCGACCGCAAGGACUAUCUCCGAAUGAUUGACGGUGCCUGCAAUGGCAAUCCCCGAGAGUUUAUCACGACAGUCCUCUCGACCCAGCUGGACCAGCUGCACACGUUUUACUGGCGACAGCGGAUGGGCGAUGGAGCUUGA